AUGUGUUCCGAAUCGGUGCCGAAGAAUUUUGAAAAAGCAUCGGAUAUAUUACCUUUGUUAACAUAUGGCUUAACAAGUGUUAAAGAAUUUUGCAAAGCGGAAGAAGAAAAAAGUCAUCAAGAAUGGCUAAAAAAAGCUGGUUUGGAUGAAGAAGAACUUCAUUUGCUGAAUGAAAUUCAGUCUGAUUUGCCUAAACAUUCUAGUAAAAUAGAGUCAAGCAUACUCAACACUAAACUUGAAAGCAUAAGAAAUAAAAUCAGUAAUUUACCUGAAAAUGAUGGCUCUUCAAAACAAAAUGAUCAAGAUCUUGAGAGGCAUACUAGUAGAUUUUAUCCUAAAGGACAUCCUAUGCAUCAGCUUAAGGAACUUGAAGAAAAUAUUUUUGGACAUUUGAAGGAUGAUCGUUUGCCAAUAACAAAACGUAGAAAAAUAUUGAGGCAUCUGGAAAGAAAACAAGAAAGAACGCUUUCAAAACAAAUCCUAACACCAGUCAUAAGUGACCAAGUGAAUCAACAGAUGACAGUGAAUAGACAUGGAAGUCUGUGGGAUGUAAAAGAAAUUCCUCCUACAACCUCAGUAACACAAUCAAAACUUUCUUUGCAUGAAAACAGAAAUAAUGAAAUGGAUGGUAAAGGAAUGUCUAAGAUUGGUCCAAGACAACCAACUAUGUAUACUGUAAAAGAAAAUAAGAUUGUGAGAUUAGAGCCUUUGAAUGAUCAAGAUGAGGUUAAGGCUGUAGAUAUUGUUAUACCAGUUAAUUCAGCCGAAGUUCAAUUAUUAGAAGGUACAAAAAUGUCUUUAAAUAACAUUAGAAAAAUUGACAGAUUUAAAGGCUAUGAACCAGGAAUACCAUCCAAGGUUUUGUAUUUGAAAAAUAUUGCACCAUCUGUGACACAAGAUAGACUAUCAUCAUUAUUUAAGCAAUUUGUUUAUGACAAUGGUGGACCAAUAGAUGUUAGAUUGAUGUCUGGACGCAUGAGAGGGCAGGCUUUUGUAGCCUUUCAAAAUGAAACCAUGGCUAAACAGGCUUUGGAGGAUGUCAACGGUACUAUAAUUAAAGGUCGACCAGUUAUUAUUCAAUUUGGAAAGAAUAGCAACAGAAUACAAACUGACAAAAAUAGAUAA